AUGGCGCGGUUCGCUUGCUUCCUCCUCGGCUGUUUGGCUGCAGCUUUGGCAAAUCCCGUCGUAUUUCAGAAAGAUUGCGCACGAGGCCCUGAAGUAUGGUGUGAGAACUUAAAAACAGCAUCACAUUGUAAUGCUGUUAAGCACUGCCAGCAGAAUGUCUGGAGCAAGCCUACAGUGGAAACCAUACCUUGUGAAUUGUGCAAAGAAGUUGUAACCGUGGUUGGGAAAUUCUUAAAGAAUAAUGACUCAGAGGAAGAAAUCAGUGAUUACAUGAGUAAGGUCUGUGAGUUUCUUCCUGACCAAGGCCUAGUAUCUGAAUGUAAGGAGAUGGUGGAUUCGUACCUGCCGAACAUUCUGGACAUGAUUAAGGGGGAGCUUGAUAAGCCGGGAGUCGUGUGCAGUGCGCUCACGUUGUGCCAGUCUCUUCAGAAGCACCUGGCAUCAGUGAAACUGCAGAAGCAGCUUCAGUCAAACAAGAUUCCUGAACUAGACUUCUCUGAACUGGCAUCUCCCUUCAUAGCUAAUGUGCCGCUUCUUCUGUAUCCCCAGGACAAGCCCAAAGAAGAGCCUCGGGGAAAUGGGAAUGUAUGUAAAGACUGUGUUCAGCUGAUAACUGAUGUUCAGGAAGCGGUGAAGAGCAAUUCAACCUUUGUGCACCUGCUGAUUCAGCAUGCGCUAGACGAAUGUGAACACUUGGAGCCUUCCAUGGUUGAUCAGUGCAAAGAUUACAUCUCCCAGUAUUCAGACCUGGCUAUUCAGUUAUUUGUGCAGAUGUCACCACAGUCCUUAUGUGGCAUGGUUGGAUUGUGUUCUUCUCUGAAGUCUGUGCCUCUCCAGACACUGGUGCCAGCUAAAGCCAUCCAUGAAGUAAAGGUAGAACCCCUUGAGAAUAGCCUGAGUCAAGCGGAAUCUUUCUCUCUUUGUGACGCUUGUAAGAUAAUGGUGGAAGAGGUGGCCAGCCUUCUAGAAAGCAAUAGGACUGAGGAGGAAAUGGUACAUGGAAUGGAGGAAGUCUGUUCAGUGCUACCUGAAAAAAUGAGAGAUGAGUGCAAGAGCUUUGUGGAAGUCUAUGGCAGGGCCAUCAUUGAUAUGCUGUUGGAGGCAACUGAUCCCAAAUUGGUGUGCGUUAUGCUGAAGUGUUGUGCAAACAAGGCUAUUCCUGCUGAGAUAAUUGCUCCAGUGCAAGCCCAGGCUGGUGACGUUUGUGAUGUGUGCAAAAUGGUUGUAGCCUAUUUGGACAAACAACUGGAGAAGAAUGCUACGACUGCUGAAAUUGAGGCAGCUCUGGAAAAAGUCUGCAGCAUGUUGCCACAGUCUUACUGCGACCAGUGUGAUCAGUUCGUGGAGCAGUAUGAACCAAUGGCUGUGCAGCUUUUGGCAGAAAUGAUGGAUCCUGCUUUUGUGUGUUCUAAACUUGGUGUUUGUGCGGCAUCCACACAGCCCCUGUUGGGAUCAGAAAAGUGUGUCUGGGGACCUGGCUAUUGGUGUAAGAACAUGGAGACAGCCGCUAAGUGCAAUGCUGUCGAGCACUGCAAACGUCAUGUGUGGAACUAGGAAAAAAAACUCUUGCAUGGGCAAUUUUUUUCUUGAAGAAAACAAGAGGGGAGGGUUUGGCUGGCAGAACUAAACCCCGGUGUCCUUAUUUCCUCCCCCCUCAAAAUCUCAAGUACCUUUUUGUGAUUUUCUUUGGCGUAGCAGUGCUACUAUUGUGGAAUGGUCCACAAUGUUGAUCUGAUGCCAUUUUCUGACUCCAGUUCUUAGUUCCUUUAUGGUACAUGAAAUGCGGUAAUUUAGCAAAGUUGUUCAGUUAGCUGAGUGCCUUUGAAAGUAGAAGUAAACUAAAGGCACCACAGCCUUGUGUCUGACCUUAAAAAUCAGUGA